AUGGAGAGUUUAGUUGUAGACAGUGUAACCUCGGAGAAGUAUUUGCGAAUCGCAUCCGUCUCCAUUGCGUUUUACGAUUAUAUUCUUACACUCCCUGCAGAAUGGCGGUUUUAUCGAAGCCAAUCGUCAAUUUUUCACAUAAGUCUUGCCUGCGCUUUAUUCAUUCUCAUACGCUAUGUUAGUAUUGUGGUUAUAUUAUUCAGCAAUUACGGAUUUUUCUCCGCCGCCUUUACCCUACAAACAUGUCAACAAUACUAUCUUCUGGCGCCUAUCUUCAAAGCCGUACAAACCAUGAUAUCACAGGUCAUCCUAGGUGUCAGGACAUACAAUAUUGCGAGAAGAGAUAGGCGGAUAGGAAUUGCACUGUUGCUGCUAUACCUCGUCUCAGUUUCGGCGGAGUGGUUCGCCGUUCUAUUUCACGGGACCCCUGCUACUGUUGAUGUACGUCAAUGUUCCUUACAGCGAGAUCUCAUCCAAACAACGUCUCUUUUUAGGGAAACAAAUUCUGGCAAAGUAUUGUCAACCUGGUUCUACUACCUCGCCGUGAUGAUGUAUGACAUCGCGAUGGUGACGAUAUCUACCAUCCAUCUCCUGCGUUAUAAUCCUCUUAGUAGCAGAGUAGAACGGCUGAUACGGGUCCUGAUCUAUGACGGCAUUGGAUUUUUCCUCGUGUUGUCCGGCAUGUCACUUUCUGCUUGUGAUAAGCACCUUACUAAUAUUCCCUCAGCAUCGAACGUAUUGAACCUCAUCCUUUAUCAUACGACCAACAUCGAGACUCAGUCAGCAGGAGCAUCAAUAGGUUAUGCUAGGUGCGCAGCACUUCGGAGCUUGACUGUUAUUUCGCUAACAAUCGCGGUGUUCAUUCGUUCCGUUGCUUUCGCUCCAUUCACCUGCACCCGCAAGGGAAUGUUAGACCCAAAUACCCAACGCGUGGAAAACGUGAUCGUCGCGCGUCCCACACUAUCUGCGCAGAAAAAAGUGAUGUCUGGUCUCCGCUCACAGUUCGAGUCUAAGAGCCAUUCAAAAGGCUCUAAAAGCCCCAUCGGUACAGAGUUCAGACCCGCAUCCCCUCACAGUGGGCACGCCGACGAGAUGGAACUUGGUGUACGUGUACGCGUCGAGCACUCGGUGGCGGUAGACUUCAUGGACGAAUCUGAGCAUUCGAGUUCGUGGGGGCCGCCGAGGACAAAAUGA